UGACAAAAGGCAUGCGUAUGCAUUGGGGCUUGGCGAGGCGAUGUCAGUAAGGGACGUCAAAACUGCUCAGUCGCAACAUCAGGCAUGGCCAACGAUACAAACAGCGCAAACACAGCUCUUGAUCUUCACAACCCCGACGUAGCACCGAAGACGAGCAGCCCAGUUUCUACAGAUUCUUCAUCGGACCUUCUACAGAGUGAUGAAGAAACGCCGAUAAUUGUAGAAGUUCUCGCGGAUUCAGACAACAGCUGCCAUGGAGUGCCGGCAAUUGAAAAGGCAAGAACGACUGAAGUGUUCAGGACUCCUCAGGACACCUCAGACCACCAGCCAUCGAAUCUUCAGCACCGUCAAGUGGAUCGAACACUCCCCUCCUCGAGUCCAACUGGUAACGAAACUCGAAUCGAUGACCCAAUUCCCAGGAGCCCUCUCUUGGGUGCUCCGCCAAGAACCAGCCACGAACAGUUCGUGCGGCCACCAGCCACUUGGGGAAACUAUUUAAGGAACCCUAUGGGCGCAUUCAAUCUCCAACAGAACGUGGCUUACGGCGCACAUUCCCCGCACUACGGGAACUCCAGCAGCAUCGUCCAGAUCGGGAUGCCUGGGACCAGCAGGACUGGCUGGCAUCCAGUGGCCAACGCAAACAGUUCAGGCAUGGAGGGGGUGGCUGUCAUAUGGCAGAACGACCGGAACCCUCUUGGUUACCAGACUCGCCAACCAAACACCCUAUACGUGUACAAGAGUAGGGCUCGAUUUGGAGCCGCCUGUGCCGCGCCCUCGCCCAUCAAUAGUUCUCAAUCUAUGACUGUUCUCCAAGGUGAAAGACGUCCGGACAACGAAGCAGCAUCGACAAAGAGACCGAGGAUCCCAUCUGCCAUGGGGUCAGCCCAAGAUCACCUUUAUGAAGGCUCACCUCGCCCUAACGUCACUGCACAGCCAACCAUGACCGGAAGUAGCCGCUUCCUCUUCCCGCCGUCGUUUCCCAGCACAUCACGUGGCCCAACUUUGGAAACAAUGCUAGCACACGACCCGAGGAACCUCUUUGGUACGCUGAGACUCCUGCCUAAAACCGCACAAGAGUACGCGAAUAUGGCUCGAUACGGAUCCACCCGUCCCCCACCUCCGGCCUACAAUAGCAGUCACUCUACGAGUUCUCUCCAAGAUGGAAGACGACCGGACAACGAAGGAGCAUCGAUACAGAGACCGAGGACCUCAUCUGCCACGGGGUCGGCCCCGGAUCACAUUUAUGAAGGCUCACCUCACGCUAACGUCACAGCACAGCCAACCAUGACCGGAAGUAGCCGCUUCCCAUUCCCGCUGUCAUUUCUUAGCGCAUCACGUGCACCCACAUUGGAAACAAUGCAAGCACUCGACCCGAGGAACCCCUUUGGUACGCUGAGACUCCUGCCUAAAACCGCACAAGAGUACGCGAAUAUGGCUCGAUACGGAUCCACCCGUCCCCCACCUCCGGCCUACAAUAGCAGUAACUCUACGAGUUCUCUCCAAGAUGAAAGACGACCGGACAACGAAGGAGCAUCGAUACAGAGUCCGAGGUGA